AUGUCGAAAUCUAAUGGAAGUAUAAUGAGGCACUUUGGCACUCAAUGGUUUUGGGUCACUGAUGACGAAACGCAGUUAAAGUGUUUAAAUGAUCUGAGUCCAAAGGCAGCUCUUGAAUCUAUAGAAAAAAGAUCUCACCAAAUUGAUACUGAUUUCAAGUCAAAAUCUCAGAAAACUAAAUUAGGGUAUCAAAAAAGAGGAAUAGUCAAGUCUCAAGUUUCGAAACGAACUAAUGAUAUGAGCUCAUUCGAAAAUACUCAGCCAUUUGAAGCAUCAUCUUUAGCCCAUAAUCAUUCUUCUGAACUUAGCUGCACAACCCGAAAACUUGACUUUAAAAAAUCCUAUAAAAGCCCUUGAUAUAUCUCACCCAGGAACUGGGAAAAGUUAGCAAAUAUUUCAACAGCCAAGGUACAGGAUGAAGAAGAAAGGAUUAAAAACUUGUAUUAUAAUCUACAUAUGAGGAAGAAAAAAUUUAAUCUCUAUGCAAAAGAAAAAAAAGAGCUGGCUACUGAUUUAGAUAUUAGGCAUGAAAAAGCCCAAGCGCAACUUGUGACCUUGCCAGCUGUUCAAAAGUAUAAAACUUAUUUGGAAAAUAAAAAAUUGAGGAUUCCUGCAUGCUUAAGAAUUCUUGAUCAAAGUGAAGGAAAUAUCAAAGGAUAG